AAAAAUCUAGUGGAUGGGGAAACACGGAAGUUCACAAAAACUGACAAGAGAGCUUCCAAAAUCGCGGUUUGCGCUCCAGCUUCAAUGGAGAUGAACUAAACGCGAUGGAUCUGAUGAGAUGAUGCUGAGGGCGUCUGGGUAAAUGUUUACACUUGUGGUCUGAUGAUUGGGUUUGAUUUUUAUUUUUGUUGGGGGGAUGUAUUUAAUCUAAAAUAGACAUCCAAACACAACACAACGAUCGACAGACCUGAUCAGAAAAAAAUGAGUGCUGCUGCUGUUACAAACAGUGAGGGUCAAGUGCCCUCCAUCCCUGCUGUUGGAACAAGCGAGGGACUCGGUCUCAGUGUAAAGGAUGUCAAUCAAAUAAUCAUGGAAUUCCUGAUGUUCAUGAUGAGAGCGAUUGCCCUGUGCUAUCCCGUGUACCUGAUCGGCUCACUUGGACUGAGCAUUAGCUGGAUUCUUCUGAGUAUGUUGAUGUGGACCAUGUGGAAAAACAACCGCAAGUGGAAAGAUCACAGGAUUGACACCGCCAUCGACUUCUUGGAAAACGAGAAGACCGUGAUCAACACUGAACUGAAGGCCAUGAACAUGCCAGCUUGGAUUCACUUUGCAGAUGUUGAGAAGGCUGCUUGGAUCAACAAGAUUCUUCAGCAGGCAUGGCCAUUUUUUGGCGUGUUCAUGGAGAAGCUUCUAAUCGAAAACAUUCAGCCGUCCGUAAGAUCGUCUAGUCCCCAUCUCAAGACCUUCAGCUUUACUAAAGUCCACAUGGGACAGAAGGCUCCAACUAUCACAGGCGUACGGGUGUACACACAUGAGCUGGACACAAGAGAGGUCAUCCUUGACCUCAAUUUUAUUUAUGAGGCUGAUGUGGACAUUGAUGCUGAUGUUAAACCAGCUAUCAAAGUAGGAGUCAAAGGGCUUCAGCUUCAGGGGAUGCUACGUGUAAUCCUUGAGCCUCUGAUUGGUCAGGCACCCCUUGUAGGUGGAGUCACCAUGUUCUUUAUUCGUCGACCUACUCUGCAAAUAAAUUGGACUGGCAUGACUAAUGUUUUGGACAGUCCAGCACUAAGUCAUAUGUCAGAAUCUGCGAUUGUGGACAUCAUCGCCUCUCUCAUGGUUCUGCCCAAUCGGAUGUGCUUCCCUUUGAUUGAACAAGUCAAGGUCGACCACAUGAGGUUUCCACUGCCUCGAGGCGUGGUACGGGUCCACAUCUUGGAGGCCCGGGAUCUUGUAGCAAAAGACACACACAUGAUGGGACUGGUGAAGGGCAAGUCAGAUCCAUAUACUGUGCUGAGGGUCGGAAACAAGCAGUUCAAAACGAAGACUAUAAAAGAAAACUUGAAUCCACGCUGGAAUGAAGUUUUUGAGUUCGUCAUUCAUGAAGCUCCUGGGCAAGAGUUGGAAGUGGAACUUUUCGAUGAAGACACGGAUGCUGAUGACUUUUUGGGCAGGUUCAAUCUGGAUUUUGGGGAGGUGAAGAAAGAAAGAGUGCUAGACAAGUGGUUCACUCUGGAGGACAUUCAGAGUGGUGAGAUACAUAUGAAGUUACAGUGGUUUUCUCUGCAAACAAACCAAGCACUACUGAAGGAGACCACUGAUGGUCUCGCUUGUGCCAUGCUGGCAGUAUACCUUGACAGUGCCUCCAAUUUGCCUAAAGACCAAAGAGAUUUCACCCAAAAUGAUAAGCAUGGAAAACCAGUCAAAGAAUCUCGGCUCACCAGAAAAACUAACGACCCCAACUCAUAUGUGGAGUUUUCCAUAGAUCGACAAAGUCAAAAAAGCAAGGUUGUUUUUGCCUCAAAAGACCCUGUUUAUGAAGAAUGCUUCACAUUCUUUGUACACAGUGUGAAUAGCCAGGUGUUGAAUGUUGAGGUGAAAGAGCACGAUAAGAAAGCCUCACUGGGCUUGUUCAGAUUGCCUCUGGGACGACUGCUCAAUGUAUCCGACAUGACCAUGGACCAGCGCUUCCAGCUUGAACGCUCAGGAGCCAAUAGCCAAAUCAAGAUGAAAGCUGUUCUCAGGAUUCUUACACUGGAGAAACCAGAACCAAAGGUUGUCACCCCGCCACCGAAGUCUCCAUCUUCCCAAACUCAUCCUCAGCCCCAAACUCCAGCUCCAGCUGCAACUCCAGCAACAGCUCAGACCUUACAGUUCGACCAGAAAGAAAACAUGCCCAUUUCAUCUGUCCCACUCUCAAGAACACAGACUGUACCAGCCCAAAUUGCAGGUUCAGCCAGCUCAACUAACGGACUCCAAGAAGAUUAUCCACCCUACCGCCGAAGUUCUUUCAUGGCCACAGAGGGGCGAUAUUUCACACCUUCCACCCCCAGUCAAAUGCGUCGCUAUGAUUCCCACAGCCUCUUGUCAGAGAACUCAAUUGCAUCUUCUCGCUUUGAUCUAGCGGACAGUGUCCCUUAUCCAGAGGCCAUACUGAAUCAUCAAGGCAGCUUUGGACAGAUUGAGCUGACAGUGCGUUAUGCCACCUUAAGGAAACGACUCACUGUAAUGGUCAACAGCUGCAGGGAACUGUUCUCCUGUAGUGAGAGUGGCUCUGAUACUUACGUCCGCAUAUAUCUGUUACCUGAUCAAACAUGGAAACACCGCAAAUGCACUAAAGUGAAAAAGAAGACUGUUAACCCUGAAUUCUAUGAGAUAUUUGAGUUUUCUGUGUCAAUGGAGGAAGCAAGGACCAGAAAGUUGGACGUUGCAGUAAAAAACAAUAAAAUGCUUCACAAAAGAGAGCGAAAGGAGAUCGGAACGGUUCUGAUUGAUCUGUCUGAAAUAGAUCUGACCAAGCCCUCCACAGAAUGGUAUGAACUCACUCUCCCUGGGCUAAAGAAGACAAACUAGCAUAAUUUUACUCAAGUAAAAUUAUGACAAAACCUUUUAGAAUAACAUACAAAUAUGUGUUUGGAAGACUUGCAUAAAGUAUUAUGUUUGGUUGCUAUAAUGUAUUCAGGACUUCUAAGAUCUACAUUUUUAUUCUACUUUUAAUAUGUCUACUUUCUAUUGUGGUCUAGAACAUAUUUUUUCAAAACAAGCAGAUACCACAAACAUGUAACUGGAUUCUUUUAUUUUUACAUUUGUAAAUAACAUGAAGAACAUAGCUCAGAGCUUUCUGAUCUCUUUGGAGCUUACUUGGAUUGUCUCUAAACUUGGGAAGUAGCAAUAACAAUCAUUUUUAUUAUUGAACACUUCUUAAAUCAGGUCUUGUCAUGAAAGUGUAUUGCAAUGUUAUUGUUGUUCUAAUCAUGUGUUCUGAAAACAGUUUAAUUUAAAAUCUAAAUACUGAAUAAUAAUUAAGUUAUUACUGUUAUCAGCGUGCACCAACAUUCAUUCCUUUUUAGAAACAUAGUCCUUUCCUUGUCUGGAUGCCAAAGGUAUUUAUUUAAAAAUUUAAUGUUGAGGAUGUACAGUAUAUUAGUAAGGGCUAAACUUGCAAAAAAUGACAAUAAAACAUUUUAAGUUCUUUGAAGAACUUUAUUUG